AAACGCUCCUCGGUUUAGUCUCUGCCUCCUUCAGACCAGCAGGGACCAGGAGCCGGGCACGAUCGAGCCGCACUCGGCCUCUCGGGAAGACGAAGGACCCAGAGAUCUCUUGAAUCUGAAUCCGUGAGGACCGUGUGCGGAGCCGCGAUGGUUUGUGGAGGAUACGUCUGCACCAAGAACGCACUGUGCGCGCUCAACAUACUUUAUGUCUUGGUGAGUCUGCUGCUGAUCGGAGGGGCCGCCUGGGGGAAAUGGUUCGGCCUGGUCUCCAGCAUCCAGGUGGUGGCCGGCGUCAUUGGCGUGGGCAUCUUCCUGUUCCUGGUUGCCUUCGUGGGUCUGUGCGGUGCCCUGAAGCACCACCAGGUCCUGCUCUUCUUUUACAUGAUGAUUCUGUUCCUCGUGUUCGUGGUGCAGUUCGCGGUGUCCUGUGCUUGUCUGGCCCUGAAUAAAGACCAACAGAACCAUCUGCUGGAGAUCGGCUGGAACAAAUCCGAGGCCACUCAACUGGACGUGGAGAAAACGCUCAACUGCUGCGGCUACUCCACCGUCAACUACAACGGCACCUGUGCUGCUACCUGCUUUAAAGUCCCGUCACCGGCUUGUGAAACCUGCUCAAACAUCAUCCAGCGGUAUGCCGGAGAGGUGCUGAGGUUUGUGGGCGGUGUCGGGCUCUUCUUCAGCUUUACAGAGAUCUUCGGAGUUUGGCUCGCCCACAGAUACAGAAAUCUCAAAGAUCCCCGAUCAAACCCUGGAGCCUUUCUAUAGCCAGGCACAGAUGAAUACAUUGCACUGCUGAAUAACUCUUUGUCCCCAUAAAUAACCUGUACAUCUGUUUUUAAUGUAAGGCAGAAAAAAAAGAGUUUUCUGGGCCUUUAUCUCUUCUCUAAAUCUUUGCUGCUCAGUUACUCUCAUUUAAAUUAUGUACGUUUUGAUGCUGGAAAUAAAUGUGUCUUUAAGUUGGUUAGUACACUUAUUUACUGUUGUUACUAAGAGUUGGAGAAGAUCUUUAUCACUCAAAUGCCUGUAGGGAGCUGGAGCUAGCAGCCAGCUAGCUUAGCUUAAAACCUUGAAGCGGAGGAGAACAGUUAGCAUGGCUCCGUCCCAAGUUAACUAAAUGGACACAUCUAUUCUUAUUGAUAAACACAUGCUUCUGUAUCUUUCUUAUUAAUCUCAAUAAUAAAAAAACGACCAAACUCUAAGAAGAUAGAAGAUAGAAGAUCUGCAGGGAGGUUUUUUUGCCAGAUGAUUUUCAGGUGGUAGCAUUGACACACUGAACACACUCACACCUCCUAUGGAACUGGAAUGCUAUCAAUUCAGGUUAUGCGGUUGUGACCUCAUUCCGUCAUUUGUCUUUCGGCCUUUUCUUGGCGCUUCAACCAUAAGACCACAAAUACAAACCAUUACAAUUGGGUUUUUUCAAACAUGACCUGUGACCUCUAGCUGCGUCCUUCUGCUUCGUCACAGAAGCUCACAGCGACUGUGUUUAGUCACCACACAAACACACACACACCUUGUGCAAAUAAAAUGCAGGGUAGCACCACGAGUGUAGCACCACUCCUAGAUAAGAACUUCACAGGUGAACACACACACACACACACACAGACACACACGCUCUGCAGACAGUGGAUUUGUGUUGGACUUGCAGGAAAAUAUUAAAAUCCAGCUCGAUAUUAUCAAACUAACAUUUUGUUUUAUUUGUGUAUUUAUUGCUCUUUGAUUUGAAUAAAAACAUUUUACAAUCUGA